UCAUUCUUCACAUGGAAAUGAUUGUCAUGAACUCGUUCCUCUCCCGAACUUGAAUAAAAUUAUCAACUCCGAAAAAAAUUUAGGACUUCACUUCAAUAACGUUUUAAAAAUAUUUGUGUGAAUUCAGAAUAUUGAAUUUAUGUAUCUAAGUCCUACAAGAGUCGCUUAUUGUUUGAGAAUAAGAUUCAGUACCGGUCUGUAUGUGCGGUAUUGAAUGGAAAUUAUGAAAUCGUUACCACACAUCAAUCUAGGUAGCUCCACAAAUUGAGGCAAUUUUCGAUCAAACAGUCAUGAAGUUUGUAAAGAGUGGAAGUGCGGACAGAAUUUGAUAAGAAAUUAUUAAGAAUAAUGGCUAGAGUUGUGAUUGUUGUUAUUUGGAUAAGAAGGUUGAUGACGAUGAUAUAAUGAGAUGUGUCCGGAAAAUGUUGAGGCUGAGAUGGUUACAGUGAGUGCUCAGAGACAAUCCCGAGAGGGAAAGUAUUUUUGGAGACAAUAUUAUAAAACUAUGUUGACGUGUGUGCUCUUCUUCAUUUCAUAUUCUUCGUUCAUUCAUCAACCGCGAAUAUGAGUACUUCAAAGCAGAUUAGUAUGUGCUGUCUAAGGACAAAGAAAUGGGAAGCACUAUCACUGAUUUAUUUCAUAUCAGUCGUUCAUUUGCUACUUGGAAAUGGUGAGGCGGCUACUGUGCAAAACUCGAUCAGUACGGUGAACGGAUUCCUUCCAAGUCCGGUGAAAUACUUCAGCCAAGGUCAGCAGGAGGGGGGUGGGGGCGACACCGAGAAGUCACAGGUUGAUGUUCAAGAGGUUGGCAACACUGCGCAUGCGCCCUACGACCUGAAUGCUACCUCCACGUCGUCCAGGGCUCAGGAAGCGAGAUUCGGAUAUCCAUUAUCAGGAGACGGAUCAUACGGAAUGUCAGGAGUAUAUGCGCCAACCAGAAUCGACCUGGGUGGAGUGCUGCUUGGAGCCAUAGUCGGUUUUGGAGCUGUCUUGAUUCUACCCAAACUGCUGCACUUGCUCACGGUUCCAGUAGGAAGCUCUCCUCAUCCUUAUGGGCGAAAUGUAGAAGAAGUUACAACCGGCUUGAAUUCUGUUUUGAAUCGCGUGGACGCUGCUCUGGAACGUGAGAACAUCGAUUCGUCAGCUUGCAUUCAGAGAGCGAUUUGCGAAUCUGUCAAAGCCUCUCCUUCUGACGGAUUCAUCAACACACUGGCUAGGAAUUCAUUGGUUUCAUCCUUAGUGAAAGGAUCAACGGUUGGAGGAGCCGUUGAGUCUGCCAGAGGUUUCGAAGGAUGCUCACAAUUUGCAGCAAAAUGUCCUUUCAACCAACGAAUAAUAGCAAAUAGUCUAAAGAACCUUCUUACCUAAAAUCUUGUUAAUAUCAUUCCUUAAAACCAUAAUACCUCACUGUGUAUAUGGGAUUUAUUUUUGUUUGUCUAAACAAUUUUGAAAUAUAAAUUUGUAAUAUUAAAAAUUAAUAUUAUUUUGUAGGUUAUUGAGAAUUCAAUAAUUCUGAUACCAUUUGAAAAUACAAUUUUAUAAUUGAGGAGGGAUCUGUUCAUUAGGAAUCAAAAUGAUGAAAAGUCAAAACUGUAGAAUAUAUACAGUUUUAUAUUAAAUCGUAUUCAAUAUG